UUUGCAACGUGAGAAACACGGAUCUUCUUGUGUUUUCCGCUGAACACGGAAUAAAUUUGCACAUUUUCUGCUGAGUUUCUGCAGCAGAGAACAACGAAAAUCAAUCAGCUGUAUUUUAUUGCAUGAGGCUGAACAUCCUGGUGAAGAACCUGCCAGCUGGUCAGCACACCUGAUCACCUUCACACAGCGAGGAUGAGAAAGUUCAAACCAGUUCUCUGUGGACCAGAAGAAGAGGAGAGGAUGGAAACCUCUGUGGACCAGAGCAGCUGUGUGUCACGUGGUUUCUCUGCAAACACUCUGUGGGUGGACUAAGCUGAUCUUGUUUACUUUAACUUUUUAGUUUCGCUUUCUUCUCCUCUUGCAAACAUUCAGCUGAGAUCUGCAGCAACAUUUAAACUUCCAGAAAAUGAGGCUUGUUUUUGUUUCUUCCUCCUUCUGCCUCCUCUUCACUUCCUGUCUGGCUGCAGCUUUACAAGAUCAGCAGGAGGUGGAAGCUGGACAGAAUGUCCCUCUUCAGUGUCAGGCUCCCAGAAACACAGAAAUCCUCAUGUUGGAGUGGACCAGGUCUGAUCUCAGACCAGAGGAUUACGUCUUCUUCUACAGAGAAAAGCGCUCGUACGAACGCUACCAGCAUCCGUCUUUUAGAGGCCGAGUGAAGCUGAGAGACUCUUCCUCUGUGGAGGACGGAGACGUCUCUGUGGUCCUGCAGAACACCAGCAUCACUGAUUCAGGAACAUAUGAGUGUCUGAUCACAGUCAGAAGCUCAGGAAGCAGUGAGAGAGACUUCAGUGUUGUCAGUCACUCCAUCAACCUGACCGUCACAGCCUCAGCUUUCACUGAUGCGCGUGCUGAGUUUGGACGAGGUGAAGACACAGGAGGAGUAAAGGGUGGAGUUAAAGCUGCUGCAUCAGUUCCUGCCGUCCUUCUGCUUCUUGGUGGGGUUUUUGUUGCUGUGAGGUAUUGCAGGAAAUCUAAACCACCUUCAGAGAACAGCCCACCAGCUCCUCCUGAACACACUCCUGAACAACGCCUGAUCCAGGAUGUUUAAUCUCUCCUCCUGCUUGUUUUCAUGUCCAGCUGCUCUGCAAAGAUGAAUCAUGUUCAGGGCAGCAGGUUGAACUCAUUUAAACUCUGAUGUAGUAAAAUGUCUCAUCUCUCUGAGAGUCUUUAAAACACAAACAUUCCCUGCUGCAGAUGUUUCUACUGAAAACAGAGAGAACAUGAACCAGUUCCCCAGAAGAUGAACCAGUUCCCCAGAAUAUGAACCAGUUCCCCAGAAGAUGAACCAGUUCCCCAGAUGAUGAAUCAGUUCCCCAUAAAAUGAACCAGUUCCCCAGAAGAUGAACCAGUUCCCCAGAAGAUGAACCAGUUCCCCAGAAGAGGAGCCAGUUCCAGGUUUCAGAUGUUGUAAAGAUAAUAAAAAUCAGCAUAAACAUUUUAGAUUUAAACUUAGUGUUUUUCCAGAGUUUAUAUAAUUUAGUCUCAAACUUCAUCAGCCAAUCAGAUUCCUGCUGCGCUCUGAUUGGUGGUUAGAUGAAGACCUUUAUGUGGAUGAUGGAUCAGUUUCCGUCGUGUUGAACUGGACUCUGUAAAGAGGACUGGGUUGGUGUAAAUAAAGUUGAACAGAGCAGCAGAGGAAAAGCAAAGAGAAGAAGAUGGAUCAGAUUUACAGAUGUUUACUAUGAUGUCAUAGAGCAGAAAGAGUAGAUUUAGGAGGAAGAGGAGGAGUUUCUUCAGGAAACAGAACUUCGUAUUGACCUGUGGGAUCUGCGUAUAAUAAUAAUGUAAUCAGCACUUUAACAUGAACCUGUAACAUGCUGCGUUCAAAUAAAACUUUAUGCGUCCUUGUGUUCGGUAACUUGUGUUAACGUCUUUUCUCUGAAUGUUU